CACCUAUCAAAGCGACUGAAAUACCUCCGCCAGAACUGGCACGACGAUUGGCAUGAUAGUGCGAUCAAUAAGGCCAGGCAGGUAUGGAGUCAAUAUAAAGAUCUUCCCGUUGCCAGUGCUCCAGAGGAGGCCCAGGAGAUCCAGAUGACAGCAGAUGAUAAGCUGGCGCAGUCGCUCGACGUAACGGAGACUCAUAACUAUAAGAAUAAGCUGGAGAAGUUUAUUAACAGUUCUCCCUACAAGAUUGCAGUUAGUCCCCUUGCAGAGGAGCAACAGAUAGAAUACCCGCGGCUGCAUAAGAUGGCUAUUAACGUUCUCUCGAUUGCACCUAUAUCGGACAAGGCCGAAUAUAUUUUUUCAGAUACUCGUCGUACUGUUUUAUAUAAUUGUGUAUGCCUCGGGGCAGAGAUAAUUGAGAUGACAGAGUGUCUUGGGAGCUGGAAUAAGAACGACCUUAUUCGAAAGGUGCAUGUACCGCGAGCUGCUGCCACUUAG